AUGGGUGACGUGAAAUAUGAGCUGUCCGACAUGGACAAAAUGGGUAUCACAAAGACUGUGAAAGUCUUACUAUUCUAUGAGCUCCAACCCACCAUUGAUCUAGAAAAAUUGAUCAUUUCCCUGGCGGAAGGUGUGAAGAACGCGACCAGCCAACUGCCAUUUAUGGCAGGGAAUUUGGAAUUCAACGAGCAUGGUAAACUUUGCAUUGUGAUACCACCAGGAAGCCAGGUCAAGCUCAGCACUCGCCGGUUUGAGUCUAAGGAACAAAAGUCGCUUUCUGCCCUAGUCCAGGACUCGUUUUCUCCAGAUCAUAUAGACUUUACUGAGCUUUUACCGGAGGAAUCAGCAGCCCCAAAGCAGGUAUGCGCUCUGCAACUAAGUCUCGUGGAGGGUGGCCUGAUUCUAGGAUUGUGGAUGAAUCACGCGGCUGGGGACUGGUCUUCCAUUGAUACAUUUAUGUCUCUUAUCUGUCAAAGCUGCAAGGCAUAUCAGGAAGGGCUGGAGAUGCCUACCUACAUUCCAGACCUCAACAGAGCUCCAUACAAUGCCCCAGAGACUGGCACAACCUCCUCCAGAGAGGAGCAUCUGGAAAAGCUCCCAAUGUUCUAUGUCAUGGAGAAGAGUCAAUUUAAGCUAAAGCCGCCACCUACCUUCCGAUCAAGCAUAUACCGGAUCUCUGAGGCAUCCAUUCAAAAGCUCAAAGCGCGGUGCACCCCAUAUCUGACCGAGGUUGACUACAUAACCUCAUACGACUGCAUAUCUGCCCUUGCCUGGACGUCAAUUACCCGUGCUCGGCUCAACCUGCACCCAGAGAAAUCCUCUUCGCCAUCCCGUUUCGUCCACCCCAUUGAUGUCCGCACUCGAGAUCCAGAGAAGAAAACUUCUGAACGCUACUUCGGCAACGCCGUCAUCGGGACCCAAGCAGGCCCUACCACUGCCCAGGCCCUAAUUUCAGAUGGUGACCGUGGAUUCGCAGCUGCAGCUACCCUAAUCCGUCAAUCUAUAAACUCCACUAGCCUAUCCACAAUCAGCCGCAUGACCUCCCUCAUGAAGUCACUCGCUCCCACGGAGACACUGGGUUCCCAGGCAGACUUCAGUGACAUGGAUGUGUUCAUGAAUACCUGGUACUCGGGGAACGCAGAAAAGUACGAUAUUGGGGGUGAUUUGAGACCUGUUGCAUUUCGGGUUCCUUCGUCCUUUCCCGGAGCUUUCGCGGUAAUCUUGCCAAACUUUUCGAGCGGAGCAACGAGGGUCUUCGAGGUUUUAGUGCAGGUAGAGGUUGAGGAGCAUGAGGUGCUCAGGAAGGACCAGGACUUUUUAAGGUAUUUUGAGAUUGUUGCAUGA